UCGGGUAAUGUGGUUGUAAUGGAAGCGUUGGGUAAUGAAGUUGCACGCGACUUUUCAAUCAUCAUCGCAGCACGCAGUGGACAAAUGUCAAAUUAUGCGACAUUGAGUGUAACGUUACUCGACGAAAACGACCAUCCACCCAAAUUCUUACAAUCCGAAUACUCCGUUAAAAUUCUUGCGAGCUCUCCAAUUGGUACUGUGGCUGUUCAUGUACAAGCGCAUGAUCCCGACAAUGGUCAGAAUGGUGUGAUUCGAUACGCUAUCGCUGCGGGUACGUUGCAGUUAUUUGAAAGUAUUUUAGGAUGUAUAUUGAUUUUCUCAAUUUGUUCUUCUGUUCUCCAUCUUUUAAGUGUCAGUCUCAGGGCAACACACUCUCCUGUAGCAUAA